AUGAAAUCAAAAACAAUGUCUGAAACUUUCGGAGCAGUCGAUUAUAUAAUAUUAGUAGGAAUGCUAAUGAUAUCGACUAUAAUAGGCUUUUAUUACGCGUGGAAAGACCGCAAUAAUAAGGACGAAAAUGAGUUUCUCAGAGGAGGUAAUAAGAUGUCAGUGGCACCCGUAUGCAUCUCAAUACUGGCCAGUUUCCUGUCCAGCACCGGCCUAAUAGGCAUUCCCACAGUCGUGUACUUCACGGGCACUCAGUUCUGGAUUGUAGUGAUCCCGGCAUUCCUGGCGGCCACUCUCGCCUGCGAAGUAUUCAUUCCCAUCUAUUAUCGCAUGAAAUUGGUUUCAGUCAAUGAAUACAUUUACCGCCGCUUCUCAUCGCAAAAACUUCGCGUCGCCGCCAAUAUAUCGGUUUUAUACGCGCCGUCAAUCGCGCUGUCAAUUGUGACCGAGAUGUCCAUCACAUCCAGUAUAUUAAUUAUGGGUCUCAUUGUAACCGUCUAUACGUCACUCGGCGGUCUAAAGGGUGUCAUUUGGACCGACUUUUUUCAAUUCGCUAUAAUGUUGUUCGGACUCUUGGCUGUUGUCGUUAGGGGGGCGAAUGUGUCCGGAGGUAUAGCCGCGGCCUUUGACAGGGCGUAUAUCGGCGGACGAAUCGAGUUUUGGAAUAUGGAUUUUAACAUAUACUCGAGUAACUCGUUUUGGGUGAUGUUCUUCGGCUUCACAGUGUUGUGGUGCGGAACUCUCAGCACAAGUCAACUACAAGUGCAGCGGUCGGUGUGUAUGCCGUCGUUGAGUGCCGCCAAAAAGGCCCUAUAUUUCGCAAUUCCCGGGUUUAUGACAAUGAUAUCGCUGUCGGCCGUUAUGGGAGUCCUGAUGUACGCUCACUAUUACGACUGCGACCCUAUGCUCACCGAACGGGUCACCAGACCUGACCAAUUGGUCCCGUACUUCGUGCUCGACAUCUUCAGCGACAGUUACCCGGGAAUGACCGGCGUAUUCGUGGCCUGUAUUUUCGGCAGCUCUCUGUCCACACUAUCGUCGGGUCUGAACGCCAUGUCGUCAAUCAUUUACGACGAUUACGGCAAACGAUUUGUGCCGAAAAGGUAUGCGGUUUACGCGACCAAAAUGUUGGCCGUCUUGAUAGGCGUGCUCUCCAUUGCGUUGGCGUUUGUCAUGAAAGAGAUGAAGAGUAUCCUCGAGUGCACAAUCAUGCUCUACGGCGCGUCCAACGGACCCAUGUUUGGCCUGUUUUGUUUGGGUCUGUUCUUCCCAUGGUCAAACGCCUGGGGCGGCGGCUUCGGACUCAUUGUGGGUCAAGUGUUUUGCCUCUGGAUUACUGUGGGCUCUGUUGUCGACAAAAGGACUGAUUUCCUGUCGAUGGGUCUGCCCUCGAGUACUGAAGGCUGUUACGCCCAAAACAUCACGGUCAAUUACCCCGGCACUAAUCUCACCGAGCUCACUCAUUAUAAAACUCCCCAAUACUAUCCCGAAGGUAUUCAUUUGAUUCAUCACAUGAGCCCAUACUUUGUGCCGACAAUUGGUUUCAUAAUAACACUGAUUGUGGGAAAUAUCGUUAGUUUACUGACCAAAGGAAAUAAAGACAAUAAAGUGGACCCAAAUCUGGUUCACAUCGAUGUUUGCCGAGUGUUUGAAAAAAUUCUUCCUCAGAGUUGGCGUCGGUUUGAGACACAAACGGAUGAAAAACCGAAAAUAAACGGUCAGUUCAAUGAUAUAGUGUUGACCUCAGAGACCAUCAGUCCGUCUAAUCCACUCUUUCUUAGGAAGAGGCGUUUCUAUGGCGUGGAUUCGAGCGAUCUUUCGGAACAGUUCCUCCGCAAACUUUGA